GCAGUUCCAACCACAACUACAGCAGCUGCAACCACAACUACAGCAACUCCAACCACAACUACAGCAGCUGCAACCACAACUACAGCAACUCCAACCACAGCCAGUGCAGCUCCAAUUACAACCUCUGUGGCAAUAACGAAAAGCACACCUGCUCAAAACACAACUACAACAGCUCCAACAACAAACGCAGCAACGUCAACUGCUAUAGCAGGAGAAACGACAUUUACACACCCUCCAAAUGCAUGUGCUUCAAAUCCAUGCCUCGGUGGAAGCACCUGUGAGGAGCGUGAUGACCACACCUAUGUGUGUUUGUGUGUAGCUGGAGAAGUUUACAGUCCUCAAGGCUGUCAAAAGGACUGGUGGUUGAUCUUUGUGAUCGUUGCAUCUGUCUUCGGAUCCCUCCUCAUCAUCAUGUUGAUCGCUCUGCUGUUGGUAGUAAAGAAAUUCAAGAAGAAACUCUUCAAGAACAAAGAGAAAGACAUUUGGAAACCCUUCCAAGUUCCGUCCUUUUCCAAGGGCCCACCAUCCUAUAGCAGCAGUGAUAACUUUUUCACCUGGGUCAAAGAAUCAGCAAACAGCCCAGGAAAUGAUGGGGUCCCACGAAUCCCGCGGGCCAAACUCAGUGCCAAUUGGGACAGCAGGCCCAGCUCUGAGUUGACUCCGAGUAACAGCCGACAAAGCUUGAUUCCUUCAGGGAUGAACUCGCGAUUCAGCGACAGCCAAGGUGACAUGUUUCCAUUCUCCCAGAGUCCACCCAGGAACAUCCCCUACGAGGAAGCCCAAGCCAGCAAUAGCCCUUAUCACCAGAUCCGAGCCACAAACCCUUACGCCAAGACCCAAGGCCAGACCAGCCCUUAUUUAGUAAUAACCUAAUAAAGAAAAGGUACAGUGAAUCACUUCAGGGGUUCAAAUGUUGAUAUUUUUCC